GAGCCGGGCCCAGGCCGCCGCCAUGCCGAUGAAAGGCCGGUUCCCCAUCAGGCGGACGCUGCAGUAUCUCAGCCAGGGCGACGUCAUCUUCAAGAGCUCGGUGAAGGUGAUGACCGUGAACUACAACACGGCGGGAGAGCUGAGCGAGGGGGCGAGAAAGUUUGUGUUUUUCAACAUCCCCCAGAUCCAGUACAAGAACCCCUGGGUGCAGAUCAUGCUGUUCAGGAACAUGACGCCCUCGCCCUUCGUCCGGUUCUACCUGGACAACGGAGAACAAGUUUUGGUUGACGUAGAAGAUAAAACCAACAAGGAGAUAACUGAGCACAUUAGAAAAAUCUUGGGGAAAAGCAAAGAAACGCUUGAAAAAGAGGAAAGAGAAAGGAAAAAACUAUCACAUCCAGCAACUUUUGGGCCCAAGAAGUAUCAUCUGCGAGAAUGCAUGUGUGAAAUUGAAGGCCAAGUUCCCUGCCCUGCUUUUGUGCCACUGCCCAAAGAGAUGAGGGGAAAAUACAAAGCUGCUAUGAAGAAUGAAGCAUCAGCCUGACAUCUUGACUCAUGCAGCUGUUUUUCCUCAGGGCUGGACGAUCAGGGUACUUCAGUGAGAGACAAGAGCUAACAAGGUCCUGGAAACAGGAACAAGCAAGUUCAUAUAAUACAGACAACCUUGUCUCAUAAGUCUUCUUACAGCUACAACUACUACAAUUAAAGUGAAAAAUAAAUAAAAGUUGAAAACCCA